GCCCACAAUCCAUGCUGCCCUGGGUGGGGUUCCAUAUCGUCCGUAUCAAGAAACUGUUUUUUUUUUUUUAUCAUUUUACUUUCUAGCACAAGAGAAAAUAUUCAAAUCAAGCCUGAACCCAAUCAACAAGCUGCGGCUGCAGGUUGUAUUUAACAUGAUGCACCAAAUGAGGAUCCAACAAUUACAUGCAGCAGCAGCAGCAGAACAAGCAAGCACUGGAGACUUUACGCAGCUGCAAAAGUCACUCUCCCCAUUUUGUCCUCUAAGUCACAGUACGGAGAGAGAAGGAGGCAGGAAGAGAGGAGAGAAGAGGAGAGAGGGAGGGAGUAUAGUGAGAUUCUCGGACUGGUUAGCCUACCUAUCCACUAGGAGGAGAGGAGAGGCAGCCGAGCAGCAGCAAAACAAUAAACACCUACUACUACAAACCACAUCGGCGGAGUUCACGGCACACGCAAUAAAAAGAAAAAAAAACAGGAGUAAUAUUAACAAUCAACUGUAACAAAACGCCAUUGUGUUCGGUCGGGAGAGAAGUCACACAGCCAUGUAUCUGAACAGGGAAGAGGACAACAGCAAAGGCUCAGUGUCCCUCAGUGUGUUCCUGGUCUCCCUCGCAAUGACAGUUUGUGCAGUUUGGCUGGUGGCUCUUUGUGGCGUCUGUGGUUGGUGUCAACGGAAGCUGGGAAAGAGGAACAAGCCGGGAGUGGAAACAGCCGACACUCCAGAUUCUGCACGUGGGCGAGGGGAAAAGAAAGCCAUCAAUGAUCUAGACAGAGACUUUUGGAAUAACAAUGACAGCAGCACAGUGCAGCAGAGGUGGAGCUCCUAUCCGCCCAAGGAGUUUGUACUAAACAUUUCUCCCUAUGCCCCAUAUGGAGAUCCUCGCCUCACGCUCAAUGAAGGAAAGCUGGUGGUCCUGGCUUUGGCCAUUGGUGUGGCAGAGCAAGAUGACUUUGCCAAUAUCCCUGACCUGCAGGAAACAGCGCAGGCAGCACCGCCAGCCAAUCAGGAGCCCCCUCCUGAGAAGAGGGGCAACAAGCCAGCAAACAGCCCCAAGGGUCACAACCAUGAUGCUGACGGCCACUCGUCUGUAACCGACCUGGCCAACUCGCUCACUGGAGACAUGGUGAUGUUGUCCCCAGGUUCAGAGGAUGAUGACGGUGAAGGGCCUGUCAGCGAAAAGCUCGGUCGGAUCCAGUUCAGCAUAGGCUACAGCUUCCAGAACACGACCCUCACCGUCAAAGUUCUCAAGGGCCAGGACCUGCCAGCCAAGGAUUUCUCCGGCACCUCAGACCCUUUUGUCAAAAUCUACCUGCUGCCUGACAAAAAGCACAAGCUGGAGACCAAGGUCAAGAGGAAGAACCUUAACCCGCACUGGAAUGAAACCUUCCUCUUUGAGGGCUUCCCUUACGAGAAGGUGAGAGAACGCACUCUCUACCUCCAGGUGUUGGAUUACGAUCGCUUCAGCAGGAACGACCCCAUCGGAGAGGUGUCAAUCCCCCUGAAUAAGGUGGAACUGGGCCAACUGAAGACCUUCUGGAAGGAGCUCAAGCCCUGCAGUGAUGGCAGUGGGAGGCGAGGAGACCUGCUGGUGUCCCUCUGCUAUAAUCCCACUGCUAACACCAUCACUGUGAACAUCAUCAAAGCACGCAAUCUCAAAGCCAUGGAUAUCGGGGGCACCUCAGACCCCUACGUAAAGGUGUGGCUCAUGCAUAAGGACAAGCGUGUAGAGAAGAAGAAGACACCGGUGAUAAAACGCUGUCUGAAUCCAGUUUUCAAUGAGUCCUUCCCCUUUGAUGUCCCUGCCCAUGUGCUAAGGGAGACUACCAUCAUCAUCACCGUCAUGGACAAGGACAGGCUCAGCCGCAACGAUGUUAUCGGCAAGAUCUACCUAUCUUGGAAGAGUGGACCAGCAGAAGUAAAGCACUGGAAGGACAUGCUCGCUCGGCCGCGUACUAACGUCGCCCAGUGGCACGCUCUUAAGGCCUGAUCACACCACCCAGCUUUCUCCAUGGCCACUUCCCGUCUCCUAUUUCCUGCCCCUCUCCCCUCUUCCCGCUCCCGUCCUUAUGCACAAGACUGACUUGCUGCCAGGCUGCGAAACACGGGUACAAUUAGCCAUCUGCUCUCUUAAACCUUUAAACUCUUCUCUAUUUUCUUUUAGAAUCUCAAUUUUCUCUCCCACUUCUCUCUGAAUUUCUCUCCCCUCCUGCUGUUGUGUGUCUUUCCUGGAUCGCCACUUUGCCAAUAGUCCCCUUGUUUCUGACUGACUGUACGUCUGUCUUUCUGUCCUUAUGCAAUUAACCCAUGGAGGUCUAAAAUUCUGUUUCUUUGUCAAUCCCUUGGUUAUUAGCGUCCCUGCAGCCCCUGACCAGUUAAACAAGUUGGUAUCUCAGAAUAAUUUGAACUCAUUUAAUCCUGUUCAAUAAAUAGUACAGUUACACAAUAUAACACAAUAUGUACUGUAUGUACAAACAGGUGGAUCUCUAUAAAUUACAGUGACAUUGAAAUGUUAAUUUAUUUUAGUGAUUCAACUCAAAAAGUGGAGAUCAUUAUAUAUACAUUAAACCAGUCAUUAAACCUCGUUAAACCCAGAUUAAUAUAUUUCCAGUUGUUAUGUUCAUUAAUUUUGAUGACUGUGACUUAUAGCUAAUAUGAACCCCAAAUUCUGCUUCUCAUAGAAUUAGAUUAUUACAUAAGGUCAAUGAAAAAGAUUUUUAGUACAGAAAUGUGGUGCUAACAUGUACUAUACAGUCUAUUUACGCAAUACUUGGUCUGGUCUCUUUUUGCAUGAAUUACUGCAUCGGUUCUGUGUGGUAUUGAGGUGAUCAGCCUGUGGUUCUGCUAAAGUGUCCCGGGAGCUUAGCUUGCUUUAAAAGCGGCCUUCUGCUCGUCUUCAUUGUUGGCUCUGGGGUCUCUCGUUUUCUUCCAGACAAUACUUUAGGUUUAGAUCAGGAACGUUUGCUGACAAAUCAAGAACAGUUAUUCCAUCGUCAUUAAAGUAGAUAUUACUUUUGGCAAUGUGGGCAGGUGCCAAGUUCUGCUGAAAAUAAAAUCUGCAUCUCCAUAAAGAUUGACAGUAGAAUGAAACAUGAAGUGCUCUAAAACGUUUUGGUCAACAUCGGUGUUGACUCUGGACUUUGUAAAAUACAGCAGACCUACUUGAAGUAACUUGCAGUCCAUUCCUAUUCUCCUUUUCUCCAGAAUCUGGGACCUUGAUUUCCCGUAAAACUUACCUUCUGAUAAAAAGAGAACUUUGGACCAGUCCUUUUUCUGCUUAUCCAUGACAUUAUCUCUUGUUCAGGGGUAACUUAACAAGAAAUGUAACAGUUGUAGAACAUGUCGCAGAUUCGACUGUGUGCUGUGGCUCUUUAAACUCUGACUUCAACCGCAUUCAUGAUUCUCCCUAAAUAUCUUGAAUAAGCUUUGCUUCAAAAUCCUCUCAAGUCUAAUAUUAUCUCCAAUGAUUGUGCCCUUUUUUCUGCCACACCUUUUUCCUUCCACUCAACUUUAAAUUAAUAUGCUUAGCCACGAACUUUUGUCGCUUCCCAUCCUUGUACAGAUGUCAGUCGCUGUCUUUGAUCAUAUGUUGUUUUUUUUGUCUGAGAAGCAGGAAUUAAGGUUUUCAUUUGUUGUAACCCACAGUUAUCUAAUUUAAAAGAAAUAAAUGCUUCAGAUAUAUCAGUAAUGUUAAUUUAUGAGUUUCCCUUUUAGUAUUAAAUUAAUGAAAUUAAUUAACUUUUCUGUGGCACUGAGAUGCGGCUGUACACUUCUUGAUAUAAUUUAUUUAUAUAGAUUGGCAGGGCUUACCCUAUAAACACUACCAGUUAACCACAUGUUAGCCAUUGUCUGUCAGCUGUUUCCCCAUUUCAUCCCCUCUUGUCUCAAGUAUAUAACAUUUUUCUCUCGUAGCAACCCUUUUCUGCUUUACUCAAGAACAGUUUUAAUGUUCAGCUGAAGUCAUUGAAAGCAAUCAAUAAUAGGUUUGUGGUGAAACAAGCUGAACUCAGGAUGGAUUUGUUCACAUUUUUGUCUCUUCUCUUCCUCCUAUUUUCCUCUGUGUACUCUCUUUUUUCCUUUUGUCUUUCUUCUGGCACAAUAUUACUGACUUACUUUGCCCCACUACCCCCCUCACAACAACCCCCUUUUUGGAGCCUUCCUUGUCGUCUGUGUGCUGUGGGUGCUGUGCUGUAGCUCCAACAAAAAUAGAGAUUAAAAAAUGCUACUUAACUUUCCAAAGCUGGGAAAAGAGGGGACGCAAACUUGUGACAUGGAUUCGUCCCGAUUUUUCUAGAAAGAAAAAAAAAAAGACACGGAGAGAGAAAAAAGAAGAUGAGAUCCCAGGAUGUAACUUUUCAUAGCAUCACCAACUGAGGAAACUAAUUGAAAUCGUCCAUUGUUAACAGGAAAAAAAGAGGCCAAAAGCAAAGUUUGUGCACAUGCAUUCAGCUGUGUGCACACACUUCUCUUCGCCCUGUGCUCUUUUUCAUGCCGGUGGGUGUCCACCUCCACCAGGUUGGACCGCUGUGUUAAUGUGUGCCUGCUGCUGGUUGAGUGUGCAUUCACAGGAGUAACACACUUCAAACUUGACAGAAAUCUUCUUCUCUUUUCUCUUUCUUCUCUCGCGCUCUUCUUGCUCUUCUUACUGCCAUUGUUUCCCCAUUCUCUACUACCCUGCCUUCUGAUCGAGGGCAUGGGGAAGUUCAUUUUGCACUUUUUUGAAAAUGUGAUAAUAAUAAUGAUGGUUAUAGUUUUUAAUGAUGAUGAAGAUGUUGAUGAUUAUAGCUGUGGUGAAAAUCAAGGGAGGAGAAUCUGAAAGGGUUGGCGGCAGUCGGGGGGAGAGAUGACGUCUGCUCCGUGAUCUCAGGGUUUGGAGUUGAAGCGGAGGACACAGGGGAUACAGGGCUCUCAUCCUCCUUUUCUUGGUCUUUUUAGGUUUUUUCUUGUUUAAGUCUCAGCGUGCUUAUGUGUGCAUGUGUUUGCAUUUGUGAGGUCACUCCAGAACUCCUGGUGGGAGUCUACUGAUGUUUGAAAUGUCAGGCUGGGAUGGAGAUUCAAGGCACGUCUGCUUGUCACAUGGAGACUGGCCAACACAGCAGUGCUAUUACAUAAUGUGCCGAUUAACAUCAAGCUUGUCAGAGCUCUAAGCCACAGCCUGCACAUUGUAAUUCUGUAUGAAUCUGAGUAUUUAUUUAUAUAUAUAAAUAUAUAUAUAUAUAUAUAUAUAUAUAUAUAUAUAUAUAUAUGCAAAUUUUUUUUAUUUGCAUAGCUUUAUUUUAUUUUAUUAUUUAUACUAGUGGCCUUUUUUAAACAGUAGUUUGACAAGAAAGAAGGUGGACAGAGAAGAGGAAGACAUGCAGGAAAUGUCUCUAGAUCAGGAACUAAACCCAAGACAUGGUUUGCCUGCUUUACUAACUGAGGCACCCAGUGCCCAGCUUAUUUUUAUUUCUAAGUUAAAACCUCUCUAAGUUUCUUUGAAAGAAAUCCAUGGAAUUGUUUAUCGCAGAAUUAUGUCCAUUACUGUAUCUUACUAUCAGUAAACAACAGUAAAAGUAUUCUUAGAUUGGAGUAUCAAGAAGAAAAUCUCAUGAAGUCAAAAUAAUUGCUCCUCAGACUGGGCCCUAAUCCAGCAUUAAUUAAACAGGUAAACAAAAUGUGUUAGAAAAAUUAAUAACAUUGUGAUUGCUUGACUUGAAAUAGUCAAGGUAGGGGUUGUUUUAGAUUGCUAAACGAUGUAUAGCAAGACAACUUUAGGCCUGUAAGCAAAGUCAAAACUAAUAUUUCACAUAAAUAUUACUUUCAUUGAAUAGCCUAUGUACAUAGCACAAGAAGAAGAAUAGUGUUUUUAAGACCUUUGGGUGCUUUAGACAUUGUCUGCAUUUGUGGAGUAACUGUUAUUAUUUGGUUUAUGAACUGUAAAUAAUAGCAACAUUAUACAUUAGAAUGGUUUUAAAAACCAGAAAACUGAUUAGGAAUAAUAACAGACCUUUUAAAGCCAUUGCUAAUGGGGUGUUUAUGCAGUUACUUUUCUAACUUCCUGUAACUGCAGCUGUGCUCUCAUGCUAAUGAUAGCUUUUAUGUAAGAAGGUACAAAUAGUGGGAGGUCAGUUCAGUUGUGUAUUUUUUUUUUUUUUUUGUUACAUUACAAGUAACAAAUAAAAACAAUUCAAUUGUCAUUUAAUUUUAACUUGGAAUAAAUAAUGUAAAGAAAUUGUGUUUUUCCUGUCUGGAGAAUAUUGAUGAAGUUUUAUCAUUCUUUAGAAUUUAGAAGAUCAAACAGCAGAAGGAUGUUAGCUAGUAGCACUGCUAGUACAUCCAGCUGGAUGUACAGGGUAUAGAGACAUUGCUAAGGAGACUGUUGUGGUUUUGAUUUUGACUAGCAGCAUCUCUUUAUCUAUUUGCUAUGUGGAUGUUGGCAUUUUUUGUUUUUUGACUGUCUCCAAAGCAGUAUAACUAAAGCAACUGGAUAAAGAGUCAUUUCUAUGGAAACUGUCAAAAACGGUUGUAUUUGUGGGUGUAAAUAUCCAAGGAACUACACCCCACCAUCUCCUGGACUACCAGUUAUAAUCCAUUCUGUGAUGGGGUCCAAUCUGACUAGUUGUUAGGUAGACUCCUCCAUGAGCAUUUCUUCCUGAUUGUCCAAACUGAGAUUGCCCAGACUGUUAUCGGCAGAUACUGACUUGAAGCACUUCUUUGGAAACCCACUAUGAAAAUCAGAAAUAAACCUUUUUGGUUGGACUGACUAAGCAAGUUCAUACAUAGCACAGCUUCUGCUAACACAGCUUUAUUAGCUUAUUUGAUUCACACUAAAGAUGGUGUCAGCACACAACUGUGCAGUUGUAAACUGGCCAACACCGCAUAACUCCUCCUCAUGAGCUUUUCUGGGCAGCAUGCGGUGUGCCUAGUAUGUUCUGGGCAACAUCUUUCAUUUGAGCCUCAGUGCUGGCUGCUGUGAUGCACUGAUCCAGUCCAGUGCCCUUCAGAACAAUUGGCCAUCCAUGGAACAGGGCUCACUGUUUUGACAGCCAGUGCCUGCAGUGUCACAGCACAUUACACUCCCAUUAGGUGGUCAGAAAGGAGCAAUAUCUGCUUCCUUGUACCUCGCUAUUUGCAGAAAUAACUCUGGGUAAGAAGAAAAAUGAGCCAUGGAGCACUUUUAUAAGUAACAACAUGUUAGAAGUAAAGGCCUUGUCAUCCAUCCAUUAGCUUGGUCGGCUUUACCUUUGAGAAUAUUGGAGCUUAUCCCAGGUAAAAUUAGGCGAGGGGGUGGGUACACCCUGAACAGGUGCCAAGUCCAUCACAAGGCUGACACAAAGACAGGCAAUGCCUAACAAUGGAUGUUUGUGGUCAUAACACAGAAAGGCCCCCAGGUGACCAGCAGUCCCUAUCUCCAUUUAUCUGUCAGUGCAAAUGGCUGCUCCUCCUGGCUUGUCAGGUAAAGACAGAAAUUGAUCAGUUUAAUCAAUCUUGAAAGUGUGAAAACAUCAUGUGCACCUGUUAAGCAGACACAGUGUCUCAACUAUCUACAAGGACCAACAUACAUAUUGCUCAGAAGGCUAUGCUACCAGGCUUUAUAAAGCUCAGUCAUUAGUGACUCUGUAAACUUGGAGAUACAGCCUUAUUUUUAGUAACAUGAGUGUGAAGCCACUCAUCCUGCAAGGUAGACUGCCGAGAAUACUUUCUGACUUUCAGAAGUCUAAACUCUGACUGCUUUUUAAUCCAGAUGACUUCCUAAAUGAAAAUCCAUUGAAUUAUAUAUUUUCUGUCUUACCACACUGGUCAGCAUUGGCAGGUUGCAGAGCUAACAUUCUGGAAAAUUCAUAAGUUUUCUUUUGACUACAAACUGAGCUUUCACAUUUAGGAAUAAUGGUAUCACUACAACAUAAAAAAAUAGCACAAAUGUUUCUGUUGAAAGCAUAGUAGUUAUCUUAGUUAUCUGGAUAUUUAUAAGCUGUACAAGUACAAAAACAGAUUCAGCUAAAUCUGCUUUGAUGAUGAAAUUAGAAUAAGUGUUUUCAGAUGGGACUACUCUUAAAUGUUUGACUCUGGAACAUUAUAAGACAAAAUGCUGCAUGUUUGUAAUAAUGCCUGUGCCCUCACAGUGUAUUUACUUUAACAACAGUGUAUAAAUCCUACAGAGAGUUUCUAUCUAGAUGAAGCAUUAACAUGGAUCAAAAGCUAAGAGCCAGUAUAAAGAAAUCAGCUCCCAAAUACCACUUUUUUUGCAAAGCCACCUGUCUCACACCUCUAAAUGUGCUGUGCUUUGUUGGCACCAACAAUGUCAGGAGUGACCUUCACCAAGCCAGGGCUCAUGAAUAUACCAGCACAGCAUUACAGAUGUUCCCAGCCAAGCAUUUUUUCCCCAGACGCAGUCCAAUUGGUGUUUUCGUUCAGCCUCAGUGCUGUCUCUCAUCAUUAUAUUUAGUUCCUGGCAGAACCAGUGAGCAGGGCUUGGUUUGGUUCCGAGUAAAAACGUUUUGCUGCAGAGUUACUGUAACUUUUCUUUCCCGUUUUUCAGCGAUAAAUUAAGACUUCUUGUAUCUAGAGCUCCAGCCAGACAAAUUGGCACCUCUUGACACGAUGUGUAAAAGCUUUAAAAUAAAUGUAUCUUUUAUUGUUGUAACUGAAAAAUAUCUAAAAUUCAAACAUUGAAUUUAAGCGUAUUUGCUAAGUGAGACAAACAUUUUUUUUAAAUUAUUGUUAUUGUGUUAACCCUGGGUAAUCUUUCUAGAUUUCUCAGAAUCCUGAUUCAUCUUAUGCUCUUUAUUCUGUUCAAUAUUUAGGCUUGGAGACUGACAUGGCCAUGGAAGAAGGCUUAUUUAGUUUGUGGUGAACCAUUUUUGUGUUGAUAUGAUGAUAUGUUAUAAAUUAUUAUCCUGCUAAAAGACCAAAUGAAAACCCAUUUUCAGAUCUCUGGCACAGGCCACCUAAUUUUACUUUAAACUGUCUGGGUAUUUCAAGAAGGCCCACACCAUCACAGAUCCUCGACUUAACAGUGGACAUGAGGCACAUUUACUCACAUUCAUCCUUUGUCUUAUGGUAGACCAAAACCUUAGUCUUGAUCCCAUCUGACCAAAGCACGCAGUUCCAUUUAAAACCCCCAGCAUAGUUUUUACCGUCAUUUCUCCCAAACAACCAGCUGAAACGCAGAUAGAUUUUAACGGUUGUGUGCUAUUGGAGAUUUUUUUGCUUCCCUCACAAUCCUGCUCACAGUGGGUGGUGGCGAGAUAAAUGUUGGUCCUCAUCCAGUCUUAAUCAUUUACAGUUCUUUUAAACCUCUUAAUUACUGCUCUAUCAGGCAAGUAUAGAAGAGUAUCUUUUCAUUGUAGCCUCUUCCAGACUUGUGAAGAUCAAUAAACAUAUGCUGUACUUGAAUGGCAUGUUUAUUGUCUUUCCCAUUUUGAAUAGUGACUUAGAGGAAGUGACCGGUGUGUCAGUUCUUUUAUACCUCUGUCACGGAUUACUUAUUAAAAGUUUAUAGAUACACUAAUCAACCUAAAACGUUACAUUUAAUUAAAUAAAAAGUUAUUCUUAUUUUGAAAUUUAACAGAAUUUGUGUUUUUGAUAUUCUGCUUUGCUCCAGACUGAAAUAUUUUAAAGCUACUAGCUGAAAUUUGGCAUAGACAAUCAUGGUUCCCCAAAGAUGCAUAGUUUUGGGAGAGAUCCCAACAGACAAUAUUAAGUCUUUCUUUUGAUUAAAUAGGACUGUAUAGGUGGAAUUGAAUUUGAGUUAUUUUUCUUAAGACUCAACUGUGUAUACUAGAGUAUAAAAUUCACAGAUAAAGUUUCAUCUUUGAACCUUCUUUUGUUUAUUUUUCAUGUGUUUGCAGCCACUAAUUCAUCACUGUCACCGAUUGACAUUCUCUUUUUAAUUUACUUAUGUUUACUUAAGUUUCGUAAAUAACUUCCAUCUCUCACAACUGAAGGGGUCUUACCUGUUCUUGAUAUUCUCAUGAGGCUGAUGAUAGUGUUUGUCCUUGUCUCAUUCCUCAAUCCCUUAUUAUUCCAUAGUAGUUUCCCUGAUGGAUUUCUUAAGUUAAGCAUCAGUGACUCACUCUAUUGGAAAGGUGCCUGUUCUGCCGUAGUCUUUGCUAAAUUAAAUUAGGGGUAUUCUUUCUCUUGGAGACCUAAAUGUCUGUGUUUGUGUGUGGAUUAAAGUGAGGCUGUAGUAAUCCCAUCCUGGAGGAAUGUCUUUACUGUCCAUUUUUCUGCUGUAUCAUGUUGUGACGGCUGAGUAGGCUCAGGAGUCAUUUGGCUCACCUUGUGUGUGCAUUCGUCCUGCCCUGCGCCGACAGACCUCUUCUUCCCCCCGACUCACCCUUUCAAUUGUUUUAAGCAUUGGUGAAAACCAAUGUGACUCCUCUCAAUCAGGGUUGUAUGAAUAGUAACUUCACGAAUAUGAAAAACAAUAACAAGUAAUAAUUUCCUUUCUGUUCAACAUUUGACUGUUGGUUAGCGUGUACGUAUGUGUGUGCUUGGUGUUCUUGUGUUUGUUUCCUUUACACAGCAUUGUGAAAAAAAAUCCUUUUUUGUUUUUUAAAAAACUUUAUGUAAAUAUUGUUGGUGAAAAUGAACAUUUAUUGUACUCCGAGUUUUCAUCUGUCACACGAGGCAAUGAUUAAAAACAACGAUACACAUGAAUAACAAUGGUGAUGUUGAUGAUAAUGAAGCUGAUUAUACCUGCCCUUCUUGAAUAAGGGCUUUUGA